CACGAAGUGGUAUUAGCGGAUAGUAAGGGCAAGGGACGUUUAGAAAAGUCAGAUCCAAAACUGCUGGACAAGCUGUAUCUCGUUCAAGGAAGCAAAUUGCUUGAAUUGUUCCACAUCAGCCGAUGUGGUUGCGAGGAGAACAAGGAAGAAGAAGCUGCUCGGCUUGUAGAGUCUGGCUCUGUUCCAGUGAUUAUAUAUACCACAGAAGGAUCGGAAACGAAACUGAAACAGUGGCAAGGACGAUGGAUCUGA